AUGGCGCAAAUUGGCCGACGCAAUCCCACAAAGUUACGACUUGACCUUGGCUGCACCAGUCAUAGCAGUAGCAGCAGCACCUCCGAUUCAGCAGAAGGUGGUGGUGGCGGCAGCAGCAAUUCGAAUGACACAUGGCGUCAAGACCUAGCUCGCAUUGUAGAUGGCCAUGCUUCCGAACAUCGGCUUGACGACUUGAGAGCUGACGAUUUACAGCAAGUACAAAGACUUGGUUCUGGUAAUGCUGGUGUUGUAUGGAAAGUGAAACAUCAGCCAACGGGACGAAUUAUGGCGAAGAAGGUGAUCACCAUUGAAUCAGCAGAACCACAACAACGACGUCAAAUCAUUCGUGAGCUUUCCAUCCUCAAGAUUUGUGAAUCUCCUCAUAUUGUAUCGUUCUAUGGUGCCUUCAUGGAUGACAUCAAUGACAGCGUCGUGAUAUGUAUGGAAUACUGCGAAGGUGGUAGCUUUGAGGAUAUCUACAAAAGGGCACAUGAACUACAUGGCGUCAUUGGUGAAACAGUGCUUGCCCGGUUAGCCGAAUCGAUAUGCAAAGGGCUCGUAUAUCUUCAAUCAAAAAGUGUGAUUCACAGAGACAUCAAGCCAUCCAAUGUGUUGAUGACAAGGAAAGGAGAAAUCAAGCUAUGCGACCUUGGGGUAUCCGGAGAGCUUAUCAAUUCGCUUGCAGAUACGUUUCUUGGAGCACAAUACUAUAUGGCACCAGAACGCAUUCAAGGAUCCAAAUACUCUAUGAAAUCGGAUAUCUGGUCGUUGGGAUUGACAAUUAUUGAAGUCGCUCAAAAUCGACCUGCAUUACCACCUCCCGGUCAAACUCGGCUUGCCCCUUUUGAGUUGCUCGAUAUCAUCGUUAAUCAACCUUUACCAACACUCGACUCGAAUCGCUCGGAAGCCUGUAGGGAAUUUGUUGCUCAAUGCUUGAUCAAGAAUCCAGAAGAAAGGCCUGGGCCCAUGGAUAUGUUAGAACAUACGUUUAUCAAGGACUGUAAGGGUGGAUCCGAGCAAGAGCUUGCAAUGUGGCUCAAGGAAGUAUGGGAUUGGAAAUGA